AUGAAAUCCCUCCUGAAGCUGUCGGUGUUUGGGAGCAUUGGGGCUGCCGCCGUGCGGAGUGGUGACGCUCGCCUCCACGCACACCAUAGCGCGCCCGUCUGUGGCAAUGAUGCCUCAACACUGUCGCUGAGCGACCCGCCGUACGACAACUACUUUUACUCGGACUGCAACGUCGCCGCGCAGGCAGUGGUCACGAGCCCGCUUCCAGCUAGCAAUCUCUCUAUCAUCGGCCCGCGGCUGAUCGUGGCGUGGCCGGCCGGCAAUAGCGGCAUCUGCACGUUCUUCACGCCCCAGAAUGGCGCAAACGGGACCUUGUCCAUUGAGAUGGUCAACUCCACCGCCGGCCAACCGCUCGGUCCUGUAUACACAGCAGCAUCCAACAGCUCUGCGCCUCCUAGCGUCGGCGUCCAAGGGGUCCUGCGCUUCAAUGCAUCUGCCACGCUCACCCUCCCGAUACUGGGCAGUAUCCGCACGAUCCGUGACUUUGUCGAGGGACCCAGUCUCCUCCAGCCCGAGAUCCAGGAUGCAAUCCAGUUCACCGCGCACGACGACGGGAGCGCCUUACUGCAGCGGACCUGGCUGGAUAAUGUCACAUCCACAGCGCUCACAUUCACCCCGUACCCUAACGGCACGGAUACCAAAGUCACCAUCUCCAAUCGCACCCUCGCCUUCCCAGCCGGCGACUACCUCUUCUCCGCAUCUUUGAAUUACCCGCAACUCGCGGCUCUCCAGCCAGGCUCCGUGCUCAAUGCUGCCUCCAGCAACCUAACUACCUCCCAGCCGGACCAGACGACCGCGCUCUCUUUCCUGUCAUACUCAGAGAAACUGCUCGCAGGCGCGUGGCGCUUCCUGACGUACUUUGGGCGCGACUCGAUGAUCUCGGCGCUACUGUUAGAGCCGGUGCUCAGUUCGGGCGAGGGAAGUGCCAUGGAGGCUGUUAUCGGGGCUGUGCUGGAGCGGGUGAAUCGGACUGAUGGGAGCGUUUGCCAUGAGGAGACUAUCGGGGAUUAUGCGACGUGGACAAAUUUGCAGGACAAUAUCUCGAGUAACGCUAUGGUUUGCGACUAUAAAAUGGUUGACUCGGACUAUUUUCUUCCUGUCUUAAUGCAGAAGUAUUUCCUGGAUAAUCCCGUGGGACAGACAAGAGCUGCAUCUUUCUUCAACACGUCGGCUGGAUCUAUUAAUGCCGUUAAUCAGAAUUUGACUUGGGGUCAACUGGCAUUGAUCAACGCGGAGCGCAUCAUGCGUCUUGCUGGUCCAUUUGCGCAAAAUCAGACAACGGAGAACCUGAUUCACCUCAAGGACGGACAAGUCGUGGGGCAAUGGAGAGACAGCAAUUACGGCAUCGGCGGAGGCCGCAUCCCUUAUGACGUGAACACAGCCCUAGUCCCCGCAGCCCUACGCUCCAUCGCCCUCCUCGCCGAAAAAGGCCUCUACCCCAACCAGACGCAAUGGGCGACUCUGGCCCCGCAAUACGCGCAAACCUGGGAGGACAAGACCCUCUCCUUUUUCGAAGUCACAAUCCCCCAAUCCAAAGCGCAAGACCUAGUGGCAUCCUACAAAAACGCCUCCUCCUUCGCUGGCCCGGAUCAAUCCGCCUCUAUCACCACAGACGUCGUAUUCCAUGCCCUCGCGCUAGACGGCUACAACAACCUCUCGCAGGUAGCGGUUAUGAACACCGACGACUGCUUCCGCCACUUGCUCCUCAACACCACCAACGACACGCAGCUGACAGCUUUCCUCAAUAACUCCGCCACUAAUAUCCGCCGCACCUUCCCGGCGGGCCUGAUGACCUCUGCCGGCAUGCUAGUCGCGAACCCGGCCUUCGGGGAGGACGCUGUGUAUGCGCAGAAUUGGACGACCGGCGCGUACCACGGCACGGUGGUGUGGUCAUGGCAGCUUGCCAUGAUGGCGAAGGGGUUGGAGAUGCAGUUGGGCCGGUGCGACCUGACCAGUAACUUUACGGCAUCGGGCAGAGGUCACAAAAGUCAGCGGGCUAUUCCUGCGAUCCCGUCGUUCUGUGGCGAUGAUACUGUAUAUUGGAAUGUGCGGGCUGCAUAUAAUGAGCUUUGGGACUCGAUCGAGCGGAAUGAGGACCAGCUUUCCGGAGAGGUUUGGUCGUGGGUUUGGCGGGAUGGUGGGUUCCAGGUUACGCCUCUGGGUGUGUUGCCGCCGCCCGGGGGUGGUUCGCAGACUGAAUCUGAUAUUCGACAGCUGUGGUCUCUUACGUUUCUGGCUGUGACGAGAAAUGAGGCUUAUAACUAA